GAGCGCUUUGGCGGUGGCACCAGCUGUCAGGGAGAGCGACCGAGCCCCCCAGGCGGCGGCCCGAGCAUGGCUCCGGGGUCCGGGUUCAAGAGGAAGGGGCCGGUGGGGCCGGGGCUCCCGGGCGGGCCGCCCUUCCUGCGCCAGAUCCUGCGCCGAGCUUGGCAGGAGAAGCACCUGGUGCUGUUCGAGCCCCAGUACACCCCGCUGGUGGCCGCUUGCCUCUGCCUGGCCGAAGUGGGGGUCAACCACUGGGUCAUACAGAGGGUGGCAUAUACAGAGAUUGACUGGAAAGCCUAUAUGGAUGAGGUGGAGGGUGUUGUCAAUGGGACCCUGGAUUACACUCAACUGAAGGGGGACACUGGCCCGCUUGUGUACCCCGCUGGCUUUGUUUACAUUUUCCUGGGUCUCUAUUAUGUCACUAAUCACGGCACCAACAUCCGGCUGGCUCAGUACCUUUUCUCUGCCCUUUACCUCACCACGCUGCUGCUUGUUUUUCGCAUCUACAGCCGAACCAGUAAGGUCCCUCCCUACGUUUUCUUCUUCAUGUGCUGUGCUUCCUACCGCAUUCACUCCAUCUUCAUCCUGCGCCUCUUCAAUGACCCGGUGGCCAUGGCCAUCCUUUUCCUGGCCAUCAACCUCUUUCUGGAGGAGCACUGGUCCUGGGGAUGCUUCUGCUUCAGCCUAGCUGUGUCUGUGAAAAUGAACAUUCUGCUCUUUGCACCGGGUCUCCUUUUCCUUCUCCUGCGGCGCUUUGGCCUUCUCCGGGCCAUUCCCAAGCUCGCCAUCUGUGCUCUCCUGCAGGUGGCUCUGGGGUUGCCCUUCCUGGUGGUAAAUCCUAUGGGAUACCUGACCCGCUCCUUUGACCUCGGACGUCAGUUCCUUUUCAAAUGGACAGUGAAUUGGAGGUUCUUGCCAGAAGAGGUUUUCCAGCAUCGGGCAUUCCACUUGGCCCUGCUGAUCACCCACUUGACCGUUCUGGUGCUGUUUGCACUGAACAGGUGGCACAGGUCUGACGAAAGCAUCCUAUCGCUGCUGAAGGAUCCACCAGAGAGGAAGACCGCUCCUCAGCACCUCUCGGCCAACCAGAUCGUCUUGGCUCUCUUCACCUCCAACUUCAUUGGGGUUUGCUUCAGCCGCUCCUUACACUACCAGUUCUAUGUCUGGUAUUUUCAUACGCUGCCCUACUUGCUCUGGUGCUCGCCUCCUAGGAAGCUCGCUCAUCUUUUAAGGGUGCUUCUUCUAGGUCUGAUCGAGCUCUCCUGGAACACAUACCCGUCAACAGUUUAUAGCUCAGCGUCCCUCCACGUGUGUCAUGGCAUCAUCCUCCUGCAACUGUGGUAUGGGACGGUGUCCUCUUCGGAGCCUCAAGAAGAGAAGAAACGGUUGAGAAAGGCAGAGUAAGAACUGGAUGGGAACGGCCUCUGUCCGUGGACGUCAGCGUGAGAUCGUCUGAGCUUGGGUUGGACAUUCUUCUGGGAGAGCCGAGGAUGAUCAGUGUCUGAUACCUCCUACAGUCUGUCGCUCCAGUAUCGGCCCUUCUGGCCCUGCUUUGCUUUGACUGGAGGGUGGACGUGCGGGAAAGCAUACCAUCCACCGGCCGGCCUGUGGCGAUGUGGGAUGCCUUCAAUAAAAGCAGCUGGUGGCUGGCAGGGG